CCGAUCUGGCAGCCCUGGCCCCAGCUGUCCAGCGAGUGGACAGUCCCCAUGCCAAAAACGAAAACAAUAGCAUUUUUAUAUAAGUUCCAUUUGAAUAUUUUUAUUUAAUUACAAAUGCCUCGCAAUCUUAAUGCAGAGCGGGACAAUCCCUGCCUAAAGGAACAAGAGCUAUCGUUCAAAUGCCUCAACAAAAACAACUUUGAUCGCGACAAGUGCGAAGUUUAUUUUGCCAAUUAUAAUAAUUGCAAGGAGUUCUGGAACAAAGUAAAAAGCGAAAGGAGAGCCAAGGGAAUAGCUCCUUAUUUGCCGCCUUUGGAGGAACGCGACGCUAUAAAAGCUGAAUACAUGAAAGGAAAACCUCAACAAAGCUGAUGUAUUCACCUGUUUAAAAACUCUGUAUAUAAACUAGUUAUACAUAAAUUGCCAGAACUUUCACAAUGA